UGCACUUAUUUGCCCCACCUAAAUGCCUUGGUCAAUCACACAAUGGUUACAGUUCAUGAUAUCAAACCUUAUAAGGUUCGAACCUACAACCUUUCAGUGAGCAGCCCAGAUCUUUAACCGCUAGGUCACACACAACCCUGAUAUAUCUCCAGUAUCUGCACAACAGGGCAUGUGCAUGUGCUGCUGCUGCUUGUGGAGAGAGACACAUUGACGCGCUCGGAGGCGUAACGCGAUCCGAGAGCUCAUAGACUCCAAAACUCGCAGUAUCUAUCCGCAAUCUCAGCACUAUAUCGAGAAACAAUUUUGAAGUGGUUUGGAGAUGGAGGAACUCAUGUCCAAAGCGCACCCGACCCCAGCCAAUGACAAGUGUUGUCAGACAGAUGACAUCCCAGGUGAGGCCUUUGUGCCCGGGCCUGAUCAUGCAAGCAAGACGUUUGUAAACUCGACAGAGACCGGCGAUCCUCCUCUGCUACAGACACCACUGCAAACCUCCAAAUCAGGAAUCCAACAGAUCAUUGAAUGUUUCCGCACAGGUACUGCACAGUUAAAACACAUUCUCCUCAAAGAGGUGGACACAAUCUUUGAAUGUAAACUGUGUCGCAGUCUCUUCCGUGGACUUCCAAAUCUGAUCAAACACAAGGAGAUUUACUGUUUACCAAGACUGCAUGAAUCUGAUGACACCUCUGAAGAUGGUAAAAAGGGCAUGAAAGAGCUGCUAGAAGCCAUCUAUCCCCACUCUGAUAAACAGGAGUAUUUCCUGACACUGGAGCCCAUUGCCAGCAACCAGAAUGCAGUGUACCAACACCUGUCCAAAGAGGAAGACCUGCCCUCUUCAUCACAAAGCCCCAACCAAACCAGUACAUCUAGCUUGGCCUACUACUCAAACAUCCAGGAACAACACACGGAGGAAGUCAAUGUGAAAGACGAGGAAAUAAGAGAAGAAAAUUGUACUGAUGAACAUGAAGUUGAAAACAUGAGCGAUGGAGAAGAUGCAGUGGAACUCAAGGAGUAUCGGGACAGUGAAGAGCCUGUGGGCAAAACAGAAGAUGCAGAUAUCAAAGACUGCAAGUGCCUCCUCUGCAACAGGACAUACAGGGGCCGAGGUCACCUUCAGAGACACCUGCGGACUGUUCACAAGAUUGUCACCUCCAGUUCCGACACCAACUCUACUGAUUCUAACUUCAACGCCAAGAAACCAGUCAAUGGUAGCGUUCCAGAGACUCAUGACAAUAGUCCUAGCUCCUCCAGCGAGAACAAGGUCCCAUGCAAGCCUGUAUUCUCCAUCGGAUUUGACUUCAAGACGCGCUUCUGCAAGCUCUGCAGAAGGACGUUCAGCUCCGAGCAGAACCUUGUGAAGCACAUCGAGCUGCACACGGACAAUGGCACAGACUUCUAUGUCAAAUUUUAUUGCUGCCCACUCUGCCGCUACAAGACGCGGCGCAAGAGAGACGUGCUAAGACAUCUCUCGGAGUUGCACAAGAAGAAAUCCGCCUAUCUGAGCAGGAUCUCGCAGUCCUUGGAGAGCUGUGCUGUUAAGAAACCGGCUGAGGUUGUGCUUAACAAAGAUGAGGCGAAAAGCCAACAUCGCCAAGAUGUAAACAUCAACAACAACCACAGUUCUCCAUAUCUCACACGCAGGAACCUGCUUCCAAACAUGCCUGGUGCAUUGUGCAAGAAGACCUCCAAAGUCAGCAAUAAGGUGCGCCAUGCUGAGAAAGUGACCAAUAGCACGGAAGUCAAGCCUGAUGGUGCAAAAGGGAAUGGCACUAAGAAAUCUUUGCACGUUUGCAAAAUCUGUGGCCAGGCCUUCAAAAAGGAGAGGUACCUGGGGUUGCACAAGAGAAGCCAUCAUAAAACUGCAGCCAGGAGUGCAACAGGUAUAAGGACGAGAUCGAAGGUUGUGAUUUGAUCCCUUUUGACUACAAACUGGAUUUUCUGCAACACUGGAAUCACACUGGAUAUCAGUGAGAGUGAAUAAAAAAAGCUAACCAUUAAAAAUAGGAAGAAACAGUGCUAUAAAUAGUCAACAAUGUAAAAAACACUUAGUUUGCAGUUUAAAACAUCAGUAGGGCAUGGCAUUCCCACAGAAAUGUGUGUGUGUGUGGGCUUUUUGGCGCUUUUGUCACAUUUGGCCCCCAACACAAAUACUGCAGAAUGUAUAUGACCAGAAUGGUAUGGUAUUUUUAAGCUGUGGUCUACUAUCCAUUUAUUUGGGCUAUAAACCUCUCUCAGAUAUCAGAUGAAAUGCAUAUACAUUCCAUUUCUCAGCCACCACCGGUGAGAUUCUACAUUUCCACCCAAAACUGACCAGAUGAUUGUUCUAGAAUCCUGUUAUAGUGGAUCCAGCCGCAGGCAGAGCUUUUUGUCAGGGCAUGGAAGUCUUGCAGUCGUGCAGCCAAGCGCUGGCAAUUGACGCACAUUGUGCUCAUUGGUAUUCAGUGCAAACGUAUGGGGAUAAGGUCUGGAUAUCUUUUUUUAAUAAUGGGAAAACAGCGGAUGGGGAGGUGUGAAUCAAAACCACUGGAACAUUGUGUAAUCUAAAUAUUUUAAAGGAAAGGUGAUUGUUUAAACAACCAUAUACUUUGGGAAUAUGAUCAGUUUUAUUUUGGACUGCAGUUAAAUGUUAAUAAAUCUUUUAAUUUGUAAUUCCACUGCAGUUCUGCUGAUAAAUGAAUGUGUUAUCAGUUAUCUAGAGCCAUCUCUUUUGUUACCGUUCUCCUUUUUUGUCUAAUAAAGAGGGAGUUCACCCAAAAAUGGAAAUUCUAUUGUCAUUUACUUAUCCUCAUGUCAUUCCAAACCCAAGUGACCUUUCCUUCGUGAAACACAAAAGGAGAUGUUAGGCAGAGAAUAGUGACAGUGAAUGGUGACUGAAGCUAACAUUCUGCCUAACAUCUCCUUUUGUGUUCCACGGAGGAAAGGUCACUUGGGUUUGGAAUGACAUGAGGAUAAGUGAGUAAAUGAUGACAGAAUUUUCAUUUUUGGAAGAACUAUCCCAUUAACAAAGUUAGUAUCGAUGGAUACUUACAGUAUAUAUACACCGAUAAGCCACAACAUUAAAACCA